AUGGGUAGCCAACAUGCCAAAGCUAAGAAGGCUUGUCCGGAGAACGGUGACCGGAACUUUUCCAUAAGGCUUGCUAAAGGCAAGAAACUCAAAAGUGGUGAUGAUGCAACUUCCGUUUCGUCACUGGAUCUGGUGCCUACUCUUGAGGGUUCUGUGACCGCACUUUACGAUUAUGAUCCUUCCUUGAACGCAUGCAGUUCUGCCAUCGCCGUUAAGAAAGGUUCUGGUCAAUACGGCGUGGUCUACGAAGCCAUCUUCAAGCCCUAUGAUGUCACAGUAGCCGUGAAAACGCUGAAGGGCUCGCAGCGAAAGCUAGCGAUUAACUCGCCUGACAGCAGCCUGUUUAUUCUCUUCUCUCUUUCGUUUAUUCAGGAGGAUAUAACGCUUCGUGACGAAUUCCUACAGGAGGCCCGCCUGAUGAAAAGCCUGCGGCAUCCCAAUCUAGUUCGGCUACUCGUGGACCUGGUCUGGUUUGGUGACAAAGUGGUCGGAAGUUUUUCCACCUCCGACGAUGUCUUCACGCCCCACCGUUAA